UACGACUUGUUAUAGAAAAACAGUUAACUUUUGCGGCUGAUUUAAAAAGAAGGAAAUUAAAAAAACUGAGUUCUAUAUAAAUCGAGUCAUCGAGUUCCAAAAGUCAGUUAGUUCAGUUGCAUUGCUCUCUCUCUCUCCGCAAAACAAGGCACAAAUUUAACUGUUACAGUCCCAUACCUGACACCAUUCUCCAAAAUGAAAAGAACUCUGGAAGAGAUGGAGAAAGGGAUUAAGGUAGAUCCAAAAUCACCUUCUGUUGAGCCGAACUCGUCAUCAGAUGAUGAUCCAAAUUCACCUUCUACUGAGUCGGACUCCCUUGAAGAAGAUCCAAAAUCACCUUCUGUUGAGCCAAACUCACCCGAGGAAGAUCCAAAGUCACCUUCUGUUGAGCCAAACUCACCCGAAGAAGAUCCAAAAUCACCUUCUGUUGAGCUGAACUUGUCCGAGGAAGAUCCAAAAUCACCUUCUGUUGAGCCAAACUCACCCGAGGAAGAUCCAAAAUCACCUUCUGUUGAGCCGAACUCGUCCGAGGAAGAUCCAAAAUCACCUUCUGUUGAGCCAAACACGUCCGAUAAUGAUCCAAAAUCACCUUCUAAUGAGUCAAACUUUCUUGAGGAAGAUCCAAAAUCACCUUCUGUUGAGCCAAACUCGCCCGAGGACGAUCCAAAAUCACCUUCUGUUGAGCAGAACUCGUCCGGUAACGAUCCAAAUUCACCUUCUACUGAGUCGGACUCCCUUGAAGAAGAUCCAAAAUCACCUUCUGUUGAGCCAAACUCACCUGAGGAAGAUCCCAAAUCACCUUCUACUGAGUCGAGCUCCCCUGAGGAAGAUCCAAAAUCACCAUCUGUUGAGCCAGACUCGUCCAAUAAUGAUCCAAAAUCACCUUCUUUGGACUCCCUUGAGGAAGAUCCAAAAUCACCUUCUGUUGAGCAGAACUCGUCUGAUAAUGAUCCAAAAUCACCUUCUGUUGAGCCAAACUCCCCUAUGGAUGAUCCAAAAUCACCCGAGGAAGAUCCAAAGUCAUCUUAUGCUAAGCUGUACUCCACUGAUGAUGAUCCGGAAUCACCUUCUGUUAAUAAAAACUCAUCACCGGAGGAGGAUCCAAAACCACCAUCUGCUGAACCAAAUUCACCUUCUGCUGUGCCAAAAUCACCUGGUGAGACUCAUAGUGACCUGCCUAUGAAACAGAAACCGAAUGAGGAUCCUGCUAAUGCUGCUGAGACAAAAAAGAGUUUUGAUAAAACAUUGGUCGCAUGUCAUUUGGCAAGAGAAGAGGCAAGGAUGAAGCGCUUUCGAAAAAGAAGCUAGAGUAGGUCGUGCAGCUUCUGAAAAAGAAGCUAGAAAACGAGCGAGAAAAAGACAACAAGAAAGGCUUGAACAAGAAGGUGUCGAUAUUAUGAACUGAAUCUGUCUUUCAUUUGAUUGUUAUCAAAAACAAUGAUAUCUCAUUGAUUUGGUUGUAUAUACUUUCAUUCAACUAAACUUGAGGGUGUUUCAUAUGCCCCUAUACUUAGACCAUAUGCAAAUGGUAGGAUUUUUGUUUGGAAAACAUGGUAUUAAUAAAUAAACAG